AUGUCUGCACCAUCGUUAGCAAGCUGGAUCUCCAAGAAGCCUGGACUUUUGAAGAUGAUGAAGCCGUUGGCUUCAUGGUAUGCUAAUGCUGCUGGAUACCGUCAGUUGGGAUUGAGAGCGGAUGAUUUGAUCCCUGAGGAAUCCGAAGAGGUCCUUCUUGCGCUUAAACGUUUACCGCAAAAGGAAGCUUAUGAUCGUGUUUUCCGUUUGAGAAGAGCUGUUCAGGAUUACCUAUACCUUUCACCUAUCAUUGCAGAAAUUGCAGCAGAAGCCAAGGAACGUGCUGAUUUGGAGUCCUUGACCAUUACCAAGAAGUAA